AUGCUGAGAGGUCGAUUCCAAGACACCGCAUCAAAGAAAUCUGCACCGAGAGCGCCGAAACUCAAGGAGAGGCCCCGAGCCCCGUACUGGAGUGCAGGAUUCGUUGCAGAACUAGCCGUGUCUCUCAGCAAAGCGACAAUCUCGAACCCCCUUGUCCUGGAAAACUUUGUCAGCGUGCUGCACGCCCCCGGCAAGAUGCUUUCCGUCUCUUCCCUUCUUAACCCAUCGCCUCCAGGGCCACUUCCUACCCCUCGGUUCCUCCCAAGUCCUGCAAUGUCCUCGCCGGGAACUUGCUACUCAGACAGAGAUCAAUCACCGUAUCUCGACCGAACCACCGUUCCAAAGCUCAAGAUGACCAAGGACCCAUCUACAGUGUCCAAGUACAAGCCCCGUGGAGUAAUCAAAUACUUUCCCUUCGAGAACUUUGACGAACUAUCCCGCUGCGAGGUCCAUCGCUUUCGUGUUUCGCCUUUUGGUCGUAUCCAGGAGUCAUGUGCCCACAUUCCCUACAACAGCGGCAAGAAGGAUUUCUUCGAGAAGACAGGACGGGAGAGCUUUGAAGUCUUCAAGUACGAGUUCAAGGUCCCUGGAGAGGACAACGAUUUCACCGUCAUGUGGGACUACAACGUCGGUCUUGUUCGCAUGACCCCGUUUUUCAAGUGUUGCAAGUAUUCCAAGACUGUUCCGGCCAAGAUGCUGAGCCUCAAUCCUGGCCUCAAGGACAUCACUCACAGCAUCACGGGAGGCGCAAUAGCAGCUCAAGGAUACUGGAUGCCCUAUGAAUGUGCCAAGGCAGUGUGUGCCACGUUCUGCUACAACAUUGCCGGGGCUCUGAUUCCCAUCUUUGGCCCAUCGUUUCCGUCCAUGUGCGUCCCGCCGGGCUCUCCAGAGUACCAACGCAUGGUGAUUGACCAUCGAAUUGUCGAAGACGCCAUCAAAGACGCUGACCGGUCACGAAAAGUACAGCACCACGCUCCACCUCCUAUCGGGCUCAAACACAUGUCUGAUAUUGAACGACGGCCGAUGCGACCUCUUCGUGACGACAGAAGACUCCGACUCAACACAACUCGCCUCAUGAGCCCGUACAGCGAUACCGAUGGAGAGGGAAACCGCUCGUGCCCGGACUCGGCUUCCAGUAACAGCUCAGACGGCAUCAGCUACGGCUAUGGAUAUCACCAGGCUCCGGCACGACCCUCUCAGCCACCGACCUCUGGAUGGGUGGCCGCAAACCGUCCAGAACCGUACCGCUUGGCCGAUGAGAGUUACCGCACACCUCAUCCAUACCUCAGCGCCGUCCCCCGCUUCACCCCCCUGAACAGACACACGCCAACUCCCCGUCCAUCGUGGGCGCAAAAACGCCCCAUCGAUCACGACGACGGCGAUGACGGCCGUGGCAGUAGCGAGAGUAGCCAGCUCAGCAGCCCUUCACUCAGCUUGCUGUCCGAACGACGGAGGGAAGAAGAGUCGGACGCCGAGAUUGCCGAACAGAAUGCAGCGCUGGGCCUCAUGACGCUCAAGACGGCGUCUCGGAAGGAGUCUGGGUACCAGAGCGAUUUUGACAGCUCCGAUUCGCACCGUACCAAGCGACGACGGGCCACGUCUGCGUGA